CGUAUUAUUUUAGUUGCUGUAUUUGUUGUAUCGUUAUUUCUGCGAUUUUAGUUGAAUUUCCUUUACCGAUAGAGCAUUAAAUUGUAAGCUCCUUUUCCCGCUAAAGUUAGGUCGAUUUUCCAACUGACAGUCUGAAACGACCUGCUAACCAUAUUUUGUACCGUGCGAAUUGCAAACAAUUUGCAGGUUAAAUGAUUACCAGUCGGCUUGAAGGUUAUCGUACAGUACAUUUACCGUGUAAUUUGCCUAUAUUCAUUCUAGAGACUAGUCAAGUUUUCGUACGUGUGGAAACGGAGCACAAAUGGCAGCGCUUGUUAAUAAUUUAAAUAUCUGAAGCAUUUUACAUAGCAUCUAGUCAUCUUAAUCGUAACGAAAGUUUAUCGACCUAAUACACAAUGCCUGAUAUAAAAGUAACUCCAUUGGGAGCUGGCCAGGAUGUUGGGCGUAGUUGUAUCCUGGUAACAAUGGGAGGAAAAAAUAUAAUGCUCGAUUGUGGAAUGCACAUGGGGUUUAACGACGAGCGACGGUUCCCAGAUUUUUCUUACGUAGUCCCAGAAGGACCAACCACGAAUUAUAUUGACUGUGUCAUUAUAUCGCACUUUCAUUUAGACCAUUGCGGAGCGCUUCCAUACUUUACCGAAAUGGUGGGUUAUACGGGUCCGAUAUACAUGACCCAUCCUACAAAAGCUAUCGCACCUAUACUUUUAGAGGAUAUGAGAAAGGUGGCAGUGGAACGCAAGGGUGAAAGCAAUUUUUUCACAUCACAAAUGAUCAAAGAUUGUAUGAAAAAAGUUAUCGCAGUUACUCUUCAUCAAUCGGUUAUGGUCGAUUCGGAGCUAGAAAUCAAAGCUUACUAUGCAGGACAUGUAUUAGGUGCUGCCAUGUUUUGGGUUCGAGUGGGGUCACAAUCCAUUGUAUAUACUGGUGAUUAUAAUAUGACUCCGGACCGUCAUUUGGGUGCUGCAUGGAUAGACAAAUGUAAGCCUGAUCUUUUGAUUUCUGAAUCCACAUAUGCCACUACGAUCAGAGACUCAAAAAGAUGUAGAGAGAGAGAUUUUCUGAAGAAGGUUCACGAGUGCAUAGAUCGGGGAGGUAAAGUGCUAAUCCCAGUAUUUGCCCUUGGACGAGCCCAAGAGCUCUGUAUACUUCUGGAAACGUAUUGGGAAAGGAUGAACCUUAAAGUCCCGGUAUAUUUCGCCCUUGGCUUAACGGAAAAAGCAAAUAAUUACUACAAAAUGUUCAUCACCUGGACCAAUCAAAAAAUUAAGAAAACCUUCGUACAGAGAAAUAUGUUCGAUUUCAAACACAUAAAGCCAUUUGACAAAGCGUACAUCGAUAAUCCUGGGGCUAUGGUGGUCUUCGCUACUCCAGGAAUGUUGCACGCUGGAUUGUCUUUACAAAUCUUCAAAAAGUGGGCGCCGAACGAGUCCAACAUGGUAAUAAUGCCGGGAUUUUGCGUACAAGGCACUGUCGGCCAUAAAGUCUUAAACGGUAUGAAACGAAUAGAAUUUGAAAAUCGGCAAAUAGUAGAAGUUAAAAUGGCGGUCGAGUACAUGUCAUUCUCGGCUCAUGCCGACGCGAAGGGUAUCAUGCAGCUUAUCGAAUCCUGCGAGCCAAAGAACGUCAUGCUAGUGCACGGUGAAUUUGCUAAGAUGGAAUAUUUGAAAGAGAAGAUUAAGCAAGAGUUCGGCACGAGUUGCUACAAUCCGGCAAACGGAGAAACGUGUACCAUUACCACUACUUCUAAGGUUCCGGUUGAUGCUUCUCUGGCGCUUUUAAAAGCCGAAGCGAAAAGGUACGCUGCCUUGCCUCCAGAUCCAAAAAGAAGGAGACUGUUGCACAGUAUACUGAUGCUAAAUGAUGAUGGCAUGUGUCUCGUAGAUUCUGAUGAGGUAGCAAAAGCUGCAGGGAUCUCGAAGCAUGUAGUGAGAUUCACGUGUACGGUACAAGUAAGAGAUCCAGGGCCUGCACAUGCCACGACUUUAAAGCUCUUGCAGCCAUUGAAAGAGAGAUUAUCAGGUUGGACGGUUCAACUGACAGACGGUUCCAUUUCAGUGGAGUCUGUCCUGGUCAAAGUGGAAGGGGACGAAGACGACCAAAAAAGUGUCUACGUCUCGUGGACCAAUCAAGACGAAGACUUAGGUAGUUACAUUCUCGGUUUCCUGCAGACUCUGUUGAAUUGAAUGCCAAGAGUUCUGUGCAUACCUGUACAAAUUCCUUGGACAAGGAUUGUAUAUACUCGUUCCUUCCUGUCAAUAAGAAAUAUACCAUUUUUAUACAGCCUGGCAUUCGUUGAUCGUAGCGGGCAACGUCCACCAUGAAAUGCUCGUAUAUAAAAUAUGCACGUGUCUCUUUUUUUACAAUCCCGAUGUGGAUGAAAAAUACAUAAAUGUAUAUAAAAUGGCAAUAAAUGUGAGAGUAACAUUCA